UCUUUUUUUCUUUUUUUCUUUUUUUCUUUUUUUUCCCCCCCCCCCAGAAAACAAGACCGCAAUGCAGCUGUCGCAGUUGCUCGCCGUCACAGUCGCCCUGGUCGGGAUAGGGCUCACCAUCCCAAUCCUCUAUGGCAUCGUCGACCACAUCGUGACGCACCCGGACGACCCGCUGAACAACCUGCGCGACUUCUGGGACCGAAUGUUCUGGGCAAUGAGCGCCGUCAUCCUUUUGUCGACCCUUCUCGGGCUCUGCUCCCGAGUCAUGCUCGCGGCGACGGUCGUGACUGGCGUCGUUGCGUGCUCUGGUCCAAUCUACCAGUUUAUUGUGUGCCUCAUUGCCGAUGACACGACGUUGAUUGGACGCGUGUGUGUCGCGUGCACCUCGGGCGAGGCCGAUUGGGAGAAUGCUCAAAACCAGUGGUACUGCACGAAAGGAUGGGUCUAUUGUCUGUACGCCGGGUCGAUCAUGGUCGUUCUUUCUCAGGUGGCCCUCGUAGUCCUGUCAUGCAUGCCGUAUGUCGCGCCGGAAGCGCAUCGGCGCGCCCGCGCCCAUCUGGCAAUGCGGCGCUUGCAAAACUCGGAGGAGACGACCGCCAUCCCGGAAUUCGACAACGACCCUCUCCUCGCACAGCCGUCACUACCAGAACAAGAACAGCAACAGCAACAUCAUUACGGCUAUCAUCGAGAACAACGACUGGGUGCCAGUGGCGCGGCUGGAUCAGAGUGGCAGCCGCCAUCGCAAAACUAUGGCUACGUCGCAGGGCGAUGGGAUCAUGACGAUGCACCUCCAGCAUACGAGUACGCCGUGUCCCGAGACCAAGUUCCGUUGAUGCGAUUCGAACCCCUGCCACCGACCAAUCGAAGGAAAGAUGAUGUCACUCUCGAUUCCGACCCGGAGGUGCUUGACGAGCUGCUCCAACAGCUGGCCCAAACCGCAGCCGCCAGCAACGCCUCGGCCGAAUACGAUGCGCAUGUUUUCAACAGUCCGAGUGGCGGUGCAUUUACUGGAGCUCUCCCAAAUCAGCCACGCUAAAGAUUUGGGGUCGUUUUGUUUUCUGUGAUGCGCCUGGCUUUGCGUUUUCGUUUUCCCACGCACUCGAUGGGCCAAACACAAUUGCCGCUAAUGCGUGUGACCAAAUUGUGCUCGUGUGGUAGUUUGCUUUUUUCGGUUUUGUUGAUACGUUUGUUAGAUUGUAUUUUGCAUGUUUUUCACGCUUGAGAAGUCGAUUGAACAGUAAAUGGUUGAUUUUCGCCCCA